CAACGAUCGCGUAUUUGAGGAAAGAUCAAGUUGAUUUUUCAGGGGAUUUUCUAUUUUGAAAUGUGUCAGAUUCAGAAAAUCGAGCCUCAUGGAGAAUACAAUUGUAACAGAGUUUGAAAAGUUGCGUAUGCUUGCUAAGUGCAGCUUUAUGAAGAUGGAUGAGUUAGUUCAGGACCUGACGAAUGCUUUAGAAGAAAGCUCCAAAAGCCAACGUGGUAAUAGUAGUGACAGCCUGACGACAGGUGUCCUACUGCGUCGUCACAACAAGAAGAGGCGAGGCAAGAAGCGACGCUCCAAUCCAACACUGCUGUGGGAGUUUGGGAACUUCAGUGAGGCAUCUCAGAGUAGUGUUGACGAAAUAGCACUGAAGGAUUACAUGGAGAAUGUGACAAGACAGAGCGAUUCAGAUGACCUGGUCAUUACUCGACAGAUUGCACAAAUCACGCUGCCCCUUACAAACUCUCAUAUCCCUCAGGUCGAGUCUGACUCUGUGACAGAAAAUUUCUCACCGAUCAGGGCUGAACGUAGGAGAAGGAAGUUCAAGAGUAUGGCCAUAGAUCCAGAGACAGACACCAAUGGACCAAUGGACGGAUACAGUAUAAAACCCAGACAAAAACGCGUGCGGGCCAAAAACCGUCCUCUUAACGAAAACACCCAGAGUAACUACACCAACCUGGAGGAAGCUGACAUUGAUAAUCAUUCCUGUUCCUCUCUAGAACCCAGUCAAAGUGAAAAGAAUUGCAGCUGUGAAAUUGCUAUACCUGGGAAGAGAAAGCGGAGCAUCAAGCUGCGCUGUGAACUUCAUGGUUUUCAGGGGCGGUAUCCAAGUGAAUCAGAUAAAUCUGCCGGCCCUCAAACCUCAUCAGCAGAUAAAAUGGAUACAGAAUAUUAUUCGCAUGAAAGUAGCUCCCUUAGUAGCAGUGAGACUGAGAGUGACACAGGGGUGAUCACCAAUGAUGAGGCCAGAGAAGGUGAUGAUGAACAGAGUGACUUUUUCCACGAGCCUGGCCCAGCCUGUGGCAUCCCUGGGAUCAUUCCCUGGUGGGAGAGCGAGCCACCUGACCGCAGCAUGGAGACAGACCCUACCUUUGAGCAAAUUCUCUCCGGUAGCUUCCCACAUCUUAGUCCUGCCUCACAAACCAACUUCAAGGCUCGGGUCAACAGGCUCCUCGGGACACAUGGACGAGAAAUACGAGCAGCAAGAAGAAAACUGAAAGAGAGGAGGCCUGGUUACACUGUGGGUCGCUUCAUCCAGGACAGGCAGAACUGGAAGGUGAUCCAAGGCAAACACUGUAUGGCCUGGCAGUCUGCUAAUGGUACUCCUCAGCCAGGGGACAUCAAGAAGAGGAGGAAAACACCCCCAAACGGGCCCCUGAAUUCUGAUGGUUUUGUAGGUCAGGAGGCUGACCCUAUCCCUGACAGUAACAUAGGUAACCGCAUGCUGCAGAACAUGGGCUGGGUGCCGGGGACCGGCCUGGGCUCUGAUAACACAGGCAUCACCAUCCCGAUCAUCGCAUACCGACGCACACGCAGACAGGGGCUGGGUUGCGGGUCCAGACAUUCCUCAGAUUCCUGAUGCAACCAGCAUUGUAAUCUGCAGUAUUUUAACACCAUUGUCAUGCAUGUAGGAACCAAAGAUUUGGACCAACAAAUUCACGACUUUCCCUUUCUUAUUGAUGCCCUGUGGCCUGUUGGAUUGCUGGGUAAUGUGGAAUGAUGCACACGUUUUUCUUGUGCCUCUACAUUUGUGAAAUGAAGCAACAUGAAAUCAGUGUUUAAUGUAUGUGGUGUUAGUACAGAAUAAUGAAAUCUGCAAAUAUCAGGACAACUUGGGUUGAUAUAAAUACAGCGAUGUAGUUCAGUAUACCAGUAGGAGAGCUACAGUAUUAUCAAGAGUUGAUAGGUGUUUCUGAAGUCAUACCUAACUCUUUUUCAUGUUGAUAGAAAGGAACACAGUAUUUAUCUUCAGCAUGUACUAAUUCAAAACACUUCCUUUUAACAUAAUUUUUUUUGUCUUUGAGUGGUUUUAUUGAGUAGUUUAUGAAAUGUGUAAAUCAUUUUUUUACAUCAAAUAUAAAUGUUCUGUAGUCUAUUUCUGGUAUUGGUGAUUUGGUGGUGAUGAUGAUAACUGAAUUUAUUUGUUCACAUGAUGUUUGCAAUACCAUAGUUAACAUAUGUCAUGGUGUGAUAAUUGGAAAUUAUGAUAUCUACUGUUCUUCAACCUUUUCGCAUGUUGGCAAGGUAUUUAUUGAAGCAUAUUCUGAAGACAAUAUUCGCUAUAGACUGAUAAAAUUAUACCUUUUCUGAAGCCCUGAAAUAGGCCAAUCCAACCCAUGUAGUUUUGUCUCCAAGAUAAAAUGAAAAAUAUGCAUAAAUAGUACUGAAAGUUGCUCUGUCAUGUGCAGUAAGAUUGAGGAAUCAGGGUGAUCAGUGCACAGCAUGAACUGGUGUUUGAGUUACAGGUUACUGUACUUAUCCUGGCAGUGUUGUAACUUCCAGCCAUUGCCAUAAUACCAUACCUGAAUCGGUGGAAUUUUGUUUCAUUUAUUUUUUCUUCUUGUUUAUUGCUAUAUUUGUCCAGGAGCUACAGUAUUGGAUGUGUUACAUGUCUGUAUAAUGAGUGCUACCAGUAAAGAGGUCAUUAGUAUUUUAUUAGUAGUUAUGCAUCCUAAUGGAAUUAUCACUUACAUUUCACUUUUAUUGAGAUUUCCGACAUAACUUGUAUGAGUGUAUAUAAAUGUAUAUGAGCCUGUUGCUUUUCUUAGUAGUUCUAUAGUUCACAUUCAGUGUCUUACUUUAUUGAAGACAGAAAUAACUACUUACAUCAACAUCAUUUUGUUUUAUUGAGAAAGUUUCUAACCAUUUUCAAUCAUGUUUUAAGGUAGAUUUUUGAGGAGAUUAAAUUUUACUUUAUUAGGGAUUGUUCUAAAAUAAAAAUAAUGCAUGGUUUAAUUAAGGAUGUGUCAGCACCAAAACUCUCCCUAUUGUUUUAUGUACUGAAGGGCUGUACAUGUAUUUAUUGGCUGCUCAAGGCUUACAGACUUGACUUCUUUUCUUUUAGGCCUUUUUUUUUUAUUGGCGCAGUAUACCAAAAGAGCCAUCUUGUGGCAACAGUUCCUGGAGUUUUGCAGGAUAUGAAUCAAUAUAUUCUAGUGAAUUACAACAAGAGAAACAAAUAGGAAACUAAACCAAACAAAUUCUACCACAUUUAUUAUCUGGACAUAAUGUUAAAGUAUUUAUUUUACUAGUGCAAUGUCCACUAUGACAUCAUUGCCCAAUUUGCAUACGCAAUACACAUUAUUUGGAAUAUUGGGUAGUGUAAAUCCUUUGGUCCUGAGUAAUAUACGCCACAAGUGUGAAGUCCAUCAGAUGAACAAUAGUGGAUAAAAUAGAAGGACAGGUGUACAGAGAUCCGAUCUUAAACAUGUACAGGUAGUUAGAUCAGUGUUGUACUCGGUAAUGUUGGGUUUAUUGGAGGUUCGGUUUGUAGGUAUAGAAUGCUGGGCAGAGUCUGGAGGAACCUGUGUCACUCAGGACCUCAAAAACAGCUCACCCAUCGAGCACAGCGGAUAUUUGUUUUUUUUUUUUUAAUGACAUGGGUGGAUUGUUAAUGGUGGAUAGAGAAGGAUGCAUUCAACAGACUUUUUAGAGUUGGUAGAUAGAUGGAAAGUAAUUGUAGGAUUAACAUUAGAUAUAACAUAAUAGCAAGGCUUGAUCAGUUGCCGUAGGGCUGUUACAAUAUAAUAGUAACGGUAUGCAUAAUAGUGAGAUUAUGUGAAGUACAGAUGUCCCUUUUGCAUGGACUGAAUGCAUGUGAAACUUUUCAAUUUUACGACAUAUGAGAACAAAACUAUGUCAAGAAUUGUGUGUUGGUUGUACAAGUAUCUGUUGUCAUCCUACAGUUUCAAAGGAAUCUGAGUGUUCAGAUGUCAAAUGAAUAAAAACAUUUAACUGACAUGAUUUUUUUAUAUGUUGCAAUGGAAUUUUAAUUUUCCAGUUAGGUUGUCUGGUAUUUUAAAUUGCAUUUUGUCAUGUGCACGGUAUUCAAUGAGAGAAACAACUGCAUACUGUAUUUGUAUUGGUACUAAAUUACAACAUGGUGUAUUGAGUACAAUGUUGUGAAUA